AUGUGUUCUGACCUUUGGGUGUUAAUGGGUUUUGCUUUGUCUUUUAUUUUUUUCUUUCGAUUUUACUACAAUCUUAAAGAAAAAAAAAAAAAUAAUCCAAUUAGAAAAAAACCAAAACACUUAAUUUUCAACUUACUGCCAUUAACCUAUCACUUAAUCUUCUUAUCCGCCGUCGUUUCAUCUCAUUCACCAUCAUACACCACUCACAAAACACAGCAUUUGACCGGAACCAAAGUCACCCCUGAGCUCGUAAUCGCCACCCUAAACCUAACCAUCUUAAAGGUUAGUGUCUCUUCCUACUUCUCCGACCUCCAAAACCGUGUUGAUCCAAACCUAACCAACCGUGAACGCUGCGCAUUAGAAGACUGUCUUGGUCUACUCGACGACACCAUCUCAGAUCUCCAAGCCGCACUAUCUAGCCUCCGAUCUUCAUCCUUUGAGUCCCAUGACGUCAAAAUGUUGCUCAGCAACGCCAUGACAAACCAAGACACGUGUCUAGAUGGUUUCUCGAGAUGUGGCAAUGAGAAUAACAAUGAUAUGAGUGUUGCAUUGCCUAAGAACUUGAAGGAGAGCAUCUUAAACAUCUCUAACAACCUCAGUAACUCCCUCGACAUGCUUCAGGUGAUGUCGAGGAAGAACCCGUCCCGGGAAUCAUCUGACGUUGACGUUGAGUACCCGGGUUGGGUCUCAGAGUUUGACCAGAGACUCCUUCAAGCUCCAGUACAAGAGACCAGUUUCAAUCUCUCGGUGGCGAAGGAUGGAACCGGAAACUUCACAACCAUUAGUGCCGCCGUCUCUGCCGCUCCAAACUCUAGCGAAACUAGAUUUGUUAUUUAUAUAAAAGGUGGAGAAUAUUUUGAGAACGUCGAAGUACCGAAGAAGAAGACAAUGAUAAUGUUUGUCGGAGACGGUAUCGGAAAAACAGUCAUAAAAGCAAACCGCAACUGCGUUGAUGGAUGGCCAACUUUUCGAACUGCUACCGUAGGCGUGAAAGGGAAAGGCUUCAUAGCUAAGGACAUAACAUUCGUGAAUUUUGCUGGACCGGCCAAAAAACAGGCUGUGGCAUUGCGAAGCGGCUCUGAUCUCUCAGCCUUCUACCGUUGCGCGUUCGAGGGUUACGAAGACACCCUUUAUGUUCAUUCAGCCAAACAGUUUUACCGAGAAUGCGAUAUAUAUGGUACAAUCGAUUUCAUAUGCGGCAACGCGGCUGUUGUGUUCCAGAACUGUAGUCUUUAUGCUCGUAGACCAAAUCCUCACCAGAAGAUUGCAUUUACCGCUCAAAGCCGCAAUGGGUCGGCCCAGCCCACUGGUAUAUCUAUAAUCCAUAGUAGAAUCUUGGCCGCACCUGAUCUGAUCCCUGUGAAAGGUAACUUCACGGCGUACUUCGGUCGACCAUGGAGAAACUAUUCUAGGACGGCUAUCAUAAAAUCAUAUAUUGAUGAUCUCAUAAAUCCUUCUGGAUGGUUGGAGUGGAAUAAAAGUUCUGCACUUGAACCCUUAUACUAUGGAGAGUACAUGAAUGAAGGGCCUGGUGCAAACAUGACAGAGCGGGUCAAAUGGUCCGGUUUUAGACGCAUCGAAAACUCAACUGAGGCAACCCAAUUCACCGUCGGUCAAUUUAUCAAUGGUGACACAUGGCUUAAUUCUACUGGUAUCCCUUUUAGUCUCGGCUUCUAAUUAAUCGUUAGAAUUUGAUAAUCAUGAAGCAAGCUAAAAUGUUGUAACCACCAUAUUGGAUCAUAAAGAUGGAAUCAAGACUUAUAAAUUUAUCAACAUUCUUGAUAAGUUUUAUUGCACGUAUAGUAUUUGUGUAUUACAGUUUCAGAGCUGCUAUGGUUUCAAUGUGACAUGAGUAUAUGUAAA